AUGGCGUUCUCGUCAGUCUUCCAGAAUGAGGUGUUCCUCCUCAGUCCAACCCUCUCUUCCGACAUUCGAGACCGCUUAUAUCGAGUCAUCAUGGCGGGAGGCGGCACGGUCAUCAGCGACGCGUCACGCCACGCGUCGCCGAUAAUCGUGAAAGCUCACGGGAGCACGGACCAAUCGCAGCCGACAUUGCAUCCGUCGUAUCCGUCGCAUCCGUCGCAUCGCGUUGUCUCGGCGCACUGGGUGUACAGAUCUCAUCACGACAAUCGUUUAAUCGACCCCUCCUCCCAUCUCGUUCUCCGUCCCCUCCCCUGCACGAUCCCCCUCCCGGGAAUCCAAUCCUUCCAAUUCUGCGUCUCGAUGUACGGCGGCGCGCGGCGCAUCAACAUCCGCUGUCUCUGCAUCGCGCUCGGCGCGGUUCAUACGGAGAAGAUGGACCGUCGGACCUCGCAUCUCGUCUGCUCCAUGGCGUCCGGAGAGAAGUACGGGCGCGCGAUGCAGUGGGGUAACGUGGCGGUGGUUACCGAAGAGUGGCUGCACGCGUGCGUGCGAGCCAAUGGGAUCGUGCCAACUGGACCGUUUCACCCUCCGCCGCCGAGUCUGAGUCAGAUGGAGGGGGGCCGGUUUCCCGUCACACAGGGGGGUGUGCAAGCCGUGCGGAGGGGAGAAGCCGCGGGGAGGGGAGAGGCUGCAGGGAGGGGAGAGGCUGCGGGGAGGGGAGAGGCCACGGGGAGGGGAAUGGUUGCGGAGAAGGGGGAGGCCGGGGGGGAGGGGGAAGCUGUGGGGAAGCAGAAGGCUGAGGGGAAGGUCUGGGGGAAGUUGGAGUUUCUGGGGCGAGGGAACGCUGUGGGAGCUGGCGGAAUGUCACAUGGUGGGGAGUUCGCAGGGGUAAGGGCUGCAGGGAACGUUGCAGAUGCACAAGGGGGAGUCUUCGGGGUAGCAAGAGUAGGAGAGGCGUUAGAGGGAAGAGAUGUUGUGAAAGCAUCUGCGACAACGGCCAAUGAAGGAAGGGGAUGGAAGGAGCCGGAUCAAAUGGGAUGGAUGGCGAAAACAGGGCGAAAUGAGUGGCUGACAGGGGGCGAUGGGGUAACCACGAACAGCGACAGGGCAGUGCACGAGGGGGAAGGGGACCAUGGGGUUAAGGUAAGGGACAGGAGUGAUGGGGAUGCACAAGAGAAAACUCAAGAAAAUCGAGAGGGUGAGGAGAAUGAGGGGAAUAUGAGGAAACGAGCAAGGCAGAUGGAGGGAAUUGGCGACUCUGGAGCAGAGGGAGCAGCUGCGAGGACGGUGGGAGAUGGCGUGGUGGUGGGCGCGGAAAAGAGUCGAUUUGAGAACCCGGCCCAUCCCUUUGCUGGUGCUGCCGCCGCUGCUGCUACAGGGCGAAGGGGAGGUGAAGAAUCGAGUCAGAGGGAUGAGGAAGGGGGGCUGACAACAGUGGUGGAAGGUCCGGGGAGGAGAGAAGGGGAACCUGCAGGCACUGGAAGGGCCACAUCGGCAUCUCACACUGACAGGUCCAAGAGCCGUCUCCUUGGGGGCGCUGGGGCUAACGGUGGUGUUGCUAGGACUGGCGAGUGCGAUGUUGAUACGAAUGGGGAUGAGACGUUUCCCUGUGUGACUGCCAGAGGGGAUUACGUUGGGCAUGGGGAGGGCAUGGAAGAUGCUGGUAACCGUCAGGGUCCAAGUACUGCUGCUGGCGGCGCUGGUGAUGACGGUGGUAACCGCAACGCAUGUAACUCUGGGGAAGGCACAGCAGGGGAUGAUGCAGGUGGGGAAGACGGAGCAGGGGGAGAGAAAAAAGGGGGAGAGGAAGCAGGGGGGAAGGGAGCAGGGGGAAAGGGAGCAUGGGGAGAUGGAGCAGGGGAUGACGCGGCCGGGGCUGCUGAGGAAUCCGGCAAUGAGGGGGAUUUGGCGUCUGCCAUUGAGAAUCUUAUCACCUCCACCUCUGGCAUGCAUGGCGAAAGGGUGUCUUCCACUCUUUACCCCGAAAUUGGCAGGAGCUUUCACAGCAGCAGUCAAGGGAGUCACAAAGGUGCCACGGGGACAGCGUUUGUCGAUCCAGCCAAGAGAACUUCUCGGAAGGUUCCGCUUUCUCAGAUUAAGGGGCAGGCGCUGGUGUUGUCACAUCAUGUCCGGGGAAGGAGUGGGGUGGGCGUGGGGAUGGGGUUUGGAGCUGGGUUGGGAGCGGUGCUUACAGGUAAGGUGCAUUGUGGGAGCACAGAGCAGCAUGAGAGGCAGAAUGGGGUUGCUUGUCCCGAGGGAUGGGAUAAGGCCCGCAGGUUGACUGGCGGUGGAAGGGAUGCUAUGGAAAGAGCAGACGAGGAGGUUUCAGGGAGCGGUCUUAGUGGGGCAGGUGUGAGUGAGGCGGGGGGGAGGGAUGGUGCUGGGAUGGAUAGCGGUGGGAUGGAGAGUGGUGGUAUGGAUCUGCUUCUGAUGACCCAGCCUGCUUCCGAGGUGGUUUCAUAUUCAUGCCGGGACGGGCACAGGGAAGCGGUGAUAGCACAGGUGAAGGAGCAUGUGAGAAGGAUCAAAAGCAAUGGAGGGAGUGGUGGUGGUGUCUGUAGGAGUGGCUCUGGAGGGGGAGGGGCAGCAGGGGUGGGAGGGAGGGCAUGGAGGGAUGCGGUUGGCGUGUUGCCGUACCUUCAGGGAUUGCUGCGAGCAGCAGAUGCCACUGCAGAGCUUAGAAGCGCCAUCGUCCUCGAUAAUGGAUCCGGGUUCACCAAGAUGGGCUUUGGCGGAAACUUAGAGCCCAGCUUUGUCAUCCCCACAGUCGUUGCCUGCCACGACUCAUUCGCUGCCUCUGCUGCGCUGGCGGCGCCUGGAGCCAAUGCCGUGUCGCCAGCUCAGCAGCAGCAGCAGGCCCACGUGGCAGCGCUCAUGGCUGACCUGGACGUCCAAGUGGGCGAGGCGGCGUACACUGCUGCGCGAUCUGGGCCGUACAAGUUGACGCAUCCAGUGCAGAGAGGGCAGAUUGAAGCGUGGGACGCCAUGGAGCAUCUGUGGCAGCAGUCGCUCUUCAAGUACAUGCGGGUGGAGCCGGAGGAGCAUGUGCUGCUGCUGGCUGAGAGCCCUCUCACUCCCCCGGAGCACCGGGAAUACAUCGCCGAGAUCAUGUUUGAAACGUUCAACGUGGCAGGGCUAUACAUGGCCAGUCAACCGUCCCUUGCCCUCACUGCAGCGAACACAGCAGCUCAGGUCCCAAUGACGGGUGUGGUGGUGGAUGCGGGCUUCGCCUCAGCCUCAGUGGUGCCAGUGGUCGAGGGCUAUGUGCUGGGGGGCAGUUCUCGCUCUAUGCCUGUUGGCGGUGCUCACUCCACUGCCUUUGUGCAGCAGCUCAUGAGGGACCGAGGGGAGCCGGUACCAGCAGAAGAGGCGAUUGAAGUGGCGAGAAAAGUGAAGGAGACGUAUGGAUACACAUGCUCCGACCUUGUCAAGGAAUUCACCAAGCACGACAGGGAGCCUAAUAAGUACCGCAAGGUGUGGACCGCCACCAACGCGCGCACCAACACUCCUUACCGCUGCGACGUGGGGCACGAGCGGUUCCUGGCUGCAGAGGUCUUUUUCUCGCCUGAGAUCGCAGUGAGCAACGUGGGCACGUCACUGGCAGAGCUGGUGGAUGCUGCCGUGCAGACCGCUGCCAUUGACACCAGGCGCUCGCUAUACAAGAACAUCGUGCUAUCAGGCGGAUCCACCAUGUUCAAGGACUUUGGGCGGCGGUUGCAGCGAGAUGUGAAGAAAGCUAUCGAGGCCCGGAUGGCUGAGUCUAGCGAGCCCAAGGCAUCGGACAUAGAGGUCGCGGUGGUCUCCCACCAUCUGCAGGAGCAUGCCGUCUGGUUCGGGGGCUCUGUUGUCGCCUCCUCCCCGGGUUUCCAAGGGGUGUGCACCACGCGGGCUGCUUACUUGGAGCAUGGACCAAGCAUGUGCCAAGAAAACUGGAUGAUCAGUGGCCGCUUGCCUCCCGUACUCAUCUGUGUGCACCACACGAGCUGCUUACUUGGAGCACGGGCCUAG